AAAACUAUUCAACCUGUAGCUUUGGAAAGGACAGUACAUCCCACGCAGUGGAAAGAGUGCAUCAUUACGAUUUUCAUCAUCUUGUCUGGCACUAUGAAAAUGUACACGCGUAAAGAAGAAGCCCGCUGAGGACGAAUUUAUUUGGAAACAAACUUUUGGAAUUUCCUGCAAUUUCGGGACCGCUGCCAAUUCUAAACUUAAUCUUAUCCCGUAGGCUGUCAGUUGUCUUAACACUUUAACGUCAGACAGAAUGUACUGCCACAAUCUGGUCCUUUUUGUAUUUUUGUAUCCCCUCACGCUACUGAUGAUGAUGUGCCAGGCACCAGCCUCAGCGCAGAAGUCGAGUGGUCCUCGGUGGCUUAUAGGGGACAGAGAGAGCCCAUGUUCCCCUGCGUGCUCCAGGAGUCACGGCAAGCCUGUGUGUGGGUCAGACGGACGCAGUUAUGAUACCAACUGUGACCUGGAGAGGGCGAAAUGCAAGGACCGCACACUCACCCUCGCCCACAGGGGCAGAUGCAAAGAAGCUGGCCAGACGAAAUGUCGGACUGAGAGGAUUCAGGCUCUGGAACAGGCCAAGAGGCCACAGGAAUCAAUUUUUAUCCCAGAAUGCAAUGACGAUGGAACAUUUGCCCAGGUCCAAUGUCACACCCUCACAGGAUACUGCUGGUGCGUGACGACAGAUGGCAAGCCAGUCAGCGGCUCUUCUGUCCAGAACAAAACACCAGUGUGUUCAGGGUCAGUAACCGAUAAGCCACCAGGACCUCCUAGCUCUGGCAGAAAAGAUGAUGGCUCCAAGCCCACACCAACCAUGGAGACGCAUGUUGUCCCAGAAGGUGAGGAGAUUACAGCUCCAACGUUGUGGAUUAAGCAGCUGGUGUACAAAGAGAACAAACAGAACAGUUCAAGCAGUAGGAAGCCAGAGAAAGUUCCCUCUUGUGACCAGGAGAGGCAGACCGCUCAAGAUGAGGCUCAGCAGAACCCGCGGGAAGCCAUCUUCAUCCCUGACUGUGGCUUGCAGGGCCUCUACAAGCCGGUCCAGUGCCAUCAGUCCACUGGUUACUGCUGGUGUGUGCUGGUGGACACUGGGAGACCCAUACCUGGAACCUCUGCAAGGUAUAUGAAACCAGAAUGUGACAGUGCAGCUCGUUCUCGAGACUCAGAAAUGGAAGAUCUUUUUAGAGACAGAGAUCUGACAGGAUGUCCAGAAGGAAAGAAAGUGGAAUUCAUAACAAGCCUGUUAGAUGCCCUUACUACUGACAUGGUGCAGGCUAUCAACUCACCAACCCCCUCUGGUGGUGGGAGGUUUGCUGAGCCUGACCCAAGCCACACACUGGAGGAACGGGUGGUUCAUUGGUACUUUGCCCAGCUGGAUAAUAAUGGCAGUCAUGAUAUCAACAAGAAGGAGAUGAAGCCCUUCAAGCGCUAUGUGAAGAAGAAAGCCAAACCUAAACGAUGCGCCCGCAAGUUCACCGACUACUGCGACCUUAACAAGGACAAGACCAUCUCCCUUCAAGAACUCAAAGGAUGCCUAGGAGUCAAUAAAGAGGGUAGCACUACAAGCAGCAUUCAGGGGACAAGGCAAGGGACAAAUUUGUUCAUAGGUCGUCUGGUCUGAAGUCAGAGAGUUCCAGAAGAUGAGGCAGUAGCACAAAACACGGUGGGAAGGCAUCUGUUCACUGCUGGAAGAUUACAACGAAGGAUUCUGAGAAAUUAUUAAGAGGUUCCUUAAGAAAAAAAAGAAGAAAAAAAAAGACGAAAAUGAUAUCAUGGAGCCAAAAUAUUUGCACUUUCUCCUCCCAUUGUUAGACAUUUUAUUAUGUUCUUUGUGUUGUAAACGUCUUAUUAAUAUGACUAUAAUAUGAGAACAGACUGUAAGAGUGAAUGAUUACCUGCUUCCAUCCACAUUUUAGCACACCCACGCUCAAUCCAGACAGUAUUAUAGUUGUGUUGUCAUUUGUCAUAAAAAAGCAUUAUUUUUUUAAAUUAGCUUGUCUUUAAAUGCCUCUUCUUCAGAUAGCUGUUGUUUUUGAUAAUGUCCACUCAACCAGUAUGUUUGCUCCUUUGUUCACCUUGGCAACAGAACUAAUGGAGCAUUGAUAGUGAAAAAGCAAUGGAGCGAAAUCAUUUCUGUCAACAAACAUUAGCUACGGUCUCUCAGACCUGCACCUCAGUACACUGGUGAUGUACACAUAACCAUCGCCUGAGAAUUAGCAGUAAGUUCCACGUGGUUUGUUUAGAAGUCAGAGGUCAAAAACACUAUCACGCAAAAUUAGUUUUGUAAAUGUCACAAAACACUUCACUUAGCUUUACUAGCUUCAGAUGGAUUAUUCAAUAAGUACAUGGUGUGUCUCACCUUGUGUUCUUUUGUUGUUGGUGUUUUAUUUUUUUAUUGUUUAUUUUUUUCGUAAUGCCUUCAUCAAAUCUUGAACCUUCAAUUACAAAUACUACAGUAAAUAUUGUUGUUGUAAGUGCUAUCACUAUUACUUCUUUCCGAGAU